AUGCCAGCCAAGAGAUCCAUUUUAGAAAAAAAAGAGCACAAGGUUGUCGCGAAUGAGCUUCCUGAUGAAAUAUCUCAAGCACACAGCCCUAAAUCCUUUCCUGAACCACCCGAAUACCACCAAGAGGGCUUUCAGGUUAACGGAUUCAAAAGCUAUACAGAUGAUUACCAAUAUCUGCGGGAUCCUAAGGAUAAGCGAACCAAAGAAGCUUUAAAGCUGGAAAAUCGCUAUGCCAAGGCGUUCUUAAGCCGGCCAAAAUUCACUGCGCUUCAUCGUGAGCUUUUCCGUGAGAUGAAAUCAAUGGUAGGCGCAAGUGAAGUCUCACUGCCCGUCCGGGAAGGAAAUUUUUGGUACUUUACCAGAUAUGAAGAAAAUGAGGAAUACCCGCUCCACUGUCGUCGGCCCUGUGAUCCGGAGCGUGGGAUAAAUCCAAAUUUUCUUGACGAAGUCAGUGAGUGGCACAUAACGCACCAGAACGGUGAGCCGCUUCCCAGGUACCCAGACGAGGUCAUUUUUCUUGAUCUCAAUCUCCUCAUGCGAGAGUUAAACGUGCAAUAUAUUGAGGUUGGGGAUAUGGAUAUCUCGUUCGAUGAAACCAAGAUCGCCGUCACGCUGGAUUGCUCCGGCGGGGAGGAGAUCUUCACCCUGUUUAUCUUUGAAAUUCAAGACGUCAACUAUCGCCGCUGGCUCCACACCGGCGCCAGCGACGCGCAGAAGACGUGGACGCGUUCCCUCAUCGAGACCGGCAGGUCCAUCUACACACCGAUGCCUUCGUCGCGCAGCAAUCGAUCGAGUCCGGCAUCCCCGUUAUCGGGCCCGAGGCGCACCCUCAAGAAGCGGGCGUCGGAUGGGAAGGAAAAAAUCUCGACCGGGGCGUCGUUUCCCUGCGCGAGUUUCGUCGAAGACGUCUCCCCGCCGCCGCGGCACCGCUGCUUGCAAAAAAUUGAACUCUUCGACCUCGCCGGCGAUGUCUUGUGGGUGAACCCGACGUGUGUGGUGUACAGCGUCCUCAAUGAGAAGCUCCGGCCGCAUCAAAUCGUCUUUCACGACACCGCGGUGGAUCCGUCGGAUCCCAACGCCGCAUGGAUUUGCUACGAAGCAGAAGAUGAGGCGUUCUGGGUGCUCACCAUUAGCUUUACCGCGGAUGAUCGCUAUUUUAUCUUCUGCUGCGCCUCCACCGAGGUCUCAAGGUGGUUUAUUUGCCCAACGGAAAAUGUUACGAUCCCCUCAGGGGCGGCCGCUGGUGGGGUUUCGGAACACCCGAGAGGGGCGGUGUUAAAGGUGCCGUUUUUCUGCAAACGAAUGGAGUGGAUGGAGCGUCAUGCACGCGAGUCGAGUCUCGAGCACGCGGAGGCGGUGGUUUCGACCGCAGAAUCCAACCGGAGCGUCGACUUUAGGGCGCAAUGUGCACCGACGGCGCGAUUCCCCGCGCAUGGCGAAUCACCCGUCGAGUAUCAUCUUGAUCAUCAUGUGCGGUUACUCGGACCAGGGGAACACCACGGAGGGUGGAUUAUGACCUCGAACGCCAGAGGGUGUACGAACUUUGCAGUGUUUUUCCUCCCUGACGAGAACGCCGUUUUUGAAUGGGAAACCGUAUCCCCGACGUCGCCCGCGAUGGGUGCGGGCGACCAUGCCAUUGCGAAUGCCCCUGAAAAAGCGCCUAAGAGUCCGAAAGCGUCUGCGAAAGAAACGAAACCACCGAGUUUGUCUACCGAAGCGAAGGGUAUGGGUUCCGAUGACUGGCCUUUGCUAUUUGAAUACGAUCCCGCGACGAAGGUGGAAUCGGUCGAGUGUUUCGAGCACUUUUUACUUAUUAAUGUCUGUCGGGAUGCAUCGUCGGAGGUUCUGUUUUGCCCUAUGGAUCUAAUUUGGGAUUGGUGGGCCCGCACGCGUUCGCGGGAACACACGCCCAAAGAUCCAUGCGGCCCCGUGGCUUCCAACCCGCUCGUUAAAACCGCUUUUUCAGAAACCCAUAACCGCCCUGCGGGUGGGGAUGAUUUCCCGGGCCCUUUACGCCUCAAUCAGACUCUCCUGCUAUCCAGCCUCCUCCUCCGACGGGGUGCUCACCUGAAGGCGGGCGGGGAGUGGCUUCAUGUGGAUCUUCACGACGAACUCAUGCGUGCGGAGGAGUCAGUCGUCGUGGAUUCCGAUUUCGCCUCCAUGGUUUCCCCGGCGCCUCCCACGGGGACGGUCGCGAGGGACGGGGGGGGGUUUCCCCCUCCGUCUUUUUUCGAGCGCCUGGCGGCCUCCAACGCGGUGGGGGAUGGGGGGAUCGGGGGGGCGGAAUCCGCGUCGGGCGCCCUCCCCCCCCCCGGAUUCGCGCGACGCCGCUGCGGGAGAGCAGCGAGGGCGCCACCACCCACCUCAGCUUCACCGCGCGGACGUUCGUGUUGGCCGUUUCCCAUCUCCUCCGCCCCACGGCGCAUUACGAAUGGCGGUAUGCGGGCUCGGAAGGCGGGGAGCCCGGACGCCCGCCCGCGCUUGCCGUGCGGCUGCUCCGUCGGGAGGCCGUCAAAGGACGGGCCUACGACCCCGCGGCCUACUACGGCUUCGUGCUGUGGGUGCCUUCCGAUGACGCCUUCGCGCGGGCCCGCGGGCCCGCGGUGUUGCGGCCCGUCCCCGUCGAAACCCCCGCCCCGGUGGUUCAAAUCCCGGUCUUUACGAUCUGCCGCGCGGAUCGCUUUCACCCCAGACGCAAUGGCGCGUUGGUGA